CCCCCCAGCAGCGGGAAUAGGCGGAGCAGCUGUUAUCUGGCUGCUGCCACAGCUAGGGAGGCGGAUAGGGGGCGGGGGCUCUGGGCGCUGGUGAGUCCGGCCAAGCGGCCAGGCAAAGGCGACUAGGAGCCGGAGGCAAGAGGGCAUGGUCCGGGAACCAACGCACUGAGCCGGGGCUGGCGGCCAGCAGCAGCUGUAGCAGCACAUCGGAACUUGGGCCGAAUCGAGCAGCCCUGUGCGUGCCGGGACCAUGGGAUGCUGCACUGGCCGCUGCACGCUUAUCUCCAUCUGCACUUUACAGCUGCUUGCUGCAUUAGAGAGACAAGUAUUCGAUUUCCUGGGAUAUCAAUGGGCUCCCAUCCUGGCCAAUUUCCUUCACAUCAUAAUUGUCAUUCUGGGCCUCUUUGGAACUAUUCAGUAUAGACCUCGAUACAUUGUGGUGUACGCAGUGUGGACAGCUAUCUGGGUCACUUGGAACAUCUUCAUUAUCUGUUUUUACUUGGAGGUGGGAGGACUUUCAAAGGACAGCGAGCUUCUGACCUUUAAUAUUUCCCACACCAAUCAUGUGGAGUGAGAAGGGCCAGGCUGUGUCCGGAAGGAAGCCCCAGUGGCUGGGAUCGCGGGCUUGGACAGCCAGUCCCUACGUUUCUGUGAUUGCUGUACUCUGGAGUAUCGGUACAUCGAGGUCAUGCACAGCUCCUUCCAGAUCCUGCGGGCGCUGGUGGGCUUUGUGUAUGCCUGUUAUGUGGUCAGUGUCUUCACAGAAGAAGAAGAUAGCUUUGAUUUCAUUGGUGGAUUUGAUCCAUUUCCUCUCUACCAUGUCAAUGAAAAGCCCUCCAACCUAUUGUUCAAGCAGACAUACCUGUAA